AAAAACAUAAAAAAACCCAGAAAGACCAAAACAUCUAUACGUCUCUCAUCUGUCACUUCCGCUCUAGCUGCUAUUCGCACGUCAAGUAUUGAGCCGUCUCUUUUUUUUUCCACCUAACCUUUUGAAAACAAUACGCUCUAUUCAAUCUACUGCUAAGUUAUUUGGUUCAAGCCUAAUAAAAGACAGUAUAGACCUGAUGUCAUAGUCACAUUAUUUCAUCCUCAGUUAUCCACUUCAGUGUGAUGUCAAUUAAAAUCUAAUUACAAAUUCAUAAGCUUGCCGAACUUUUCAACGCGAUGAUUCAUGUCUGGAUGACAGCGACUCGACCAUACGCUUUUUUGUCAACGUUAGGCAAAGAAUUUUCUACUUUAUAUUCGUUCACGUAUUUUCCGGAUGUAUCAACAGGAUUAGUCACCAUGGAGACCACCAAGCGCAUUAAGAAGGUACAAGAAUACUUACUACUUCCUGUUUUCUUGUCACGUGAUUUUUAAACUAGUGAGAUUAUGGAAUGACACUAUUUCAUUAGUGGAAAUUUUUUUUUAUAAUUGUGUUAAAAAAAGGGUAACUGGAUUUUAGCAUACGUUUUCUUUGGCAUCAAUUUUUUUUUUAUUUCUUAUGGACUAUUUAUUUGGAUUUAUUGGUAACUCGAGUUCAUCCAUACAUGAAACAAAAUAUUGGUUUAGAUCUGUGGUGCAAAUGCAUCUAGAUAUCAAGAUAUAGUUUUGUUUAAAAUAAAGCCAAAAAAAUCUCUUGGCCUAAAUUGAGCGGAAGUGUCAGAAAAGUCAAUAUUACCAACAGAUAAAACUAUUUACGUCUGCUAGGCUCAUUUCCGGUUUCCUUCUUGUUAACUGCGAACAUGUUCUGAUGUUCUCUAAAGCAGUGUGUUCAUUUUUAACCACACCGAAGGAAAAUAACCAAUAUUAUAAAACAUAUGUUAGCAAAUAUGAUGAAGCGUCUAGAUUAUAAUUUGUCCUUCGCUGUUGACAUGGAUACUGCGUCCAGUGGGCCAACGUUUGCCAUGACAACAGAGCUCAUCUAACGCCUCUACGUAACCAUGACGACAGCGUUCAACGUCACCUUGCAGCUGCUCGCAGACAGCAAUGCCUACAACGUGGAGUAUCCCAUCAACACCAGGGUCGUCGCCAACUCUGACCUUCGGGGCUACACCACAGUGAACCACACGGGCGCCGGAUUUAACAUCUUCGCCUAUUCGUAUGACAUAAAUGAGCUGGCGAAGCCUUGGAUCCGGGAGCCCCAGUUCAUCCCUCUUGUGGUAGUCUACGGCCUCUUCUUUAUCGUGGGUAUCACAGGUAACAGCCUGGUUAUUGCAGUGCUGUGUUUGGGGCGUGCCGGAAAUUGCGUCACAUUCCCCUGUUUGGUCAGCAUGGCGUGGGCGGAUGUCCUGUUUCUCAUGGUGUGUGUACCACAUUCUAUAGUCACCUAUUUCAUCAGUCACUGGACACUGUCCACUUUCCUCUGUAAAAUGUCCGGCUUCGUGGAGAAUCUGUCAGCGAAUGCGACGGUUUUAAACUUAAUUCUGAUAAGCAUGGAGCGGUAUUUUGUGAUAGCUCACCCUCUGUCCUCAAAGACUCUGUGUACCUCCAAGACGUCCCGACUAGCCUUGGCCUGCACCUGGGUGGCGGCCAUAUUCCUGGCCUGUCCAGCCUUUGUCGUUAUGGGGACAGAAAGUAGCAAGUACUCCACUAACACCACCACUGUGGAGGUCAUCCUGUGUGCGGACAUCAAUGUAGGGGCGAGUGACCAGAAGGCCUACGCAAUCUGGAAACUGGUCAGCCUCUUCGCCAUUCCGACUUUUAUCGUCCUGUUCUGCUACAUCCGGGUCAUCUGUAUUCUCUGGCUCAGUACCAGGCAGCUUCAGACAAUGACGUCACACACAACAAGAUUUGGCACAGCUCGUUUAGAACAGAAUCAUAUUGUUUCAUUACGAAAUGGCAGUCCCCAAUCGAGGCUUAGGUCCAGUCCGUCACUGCGGGCCGGAGAGGAAGCUCUGGUUGCUAGGAAACAGGUCAUCAAAAUGCUUGUUAUCAUCAUUGUAGUCUUCCUCAUUAGCUGGGGCCCAAAACUUUUUAUCCAAGUAUUAAAAAAGUUUCAAGUGCACUUCUUGUACCAACCGUCAGCUUAUAAUGCAUUUCUCGUCAUCAAUUGUCUCCCGUACUUCCAGUCCUGCAUCAAUCCUCUUAUCUACGUUCUCAUGUCCAAGAACAUUCGGGGCAGCAUCCGUAAACUGGCCACCACGGUCUGCGCCUGCAAGUGCUGCGCCAGGGAGAGGUGGGCGGACUCUCCGUCACAUGAACUUAUCCAGACGAACCAUAGUCUGAUGGCUGGGCACACGUACGACACCUACCCCAGCUGUGGGACUAAAUCUGUCUCACACGUCUGAAUAGCUUCUUUGAGAUAUCAAAAAAAAAAAAACACUUAAUCUCUGGGACAAAACGAGUUCAGCAGUUCCACAGACCUAUAUAUUCUUUAUAAAGCAACAAGUGCUGACUUUGGUUGGUUGUUGCCAACUCUUAUAAUGUGUUCAAAGGAUAGUAUCUGCAACAGUAUCCCUCACUAAUCUCACCAACGUCUUCAAAUGAUGCCAGCUUGGAGCUGAGCAAAUGUACACAUUUCCAUAAAAGUUUUUAGUGUCUUUGAAAUAGGACAAUAUUUCACUUUAAUUAAAUGUAAAAUUAAAAAAGAAUAAGACA